UCAGCAAAAGAAAAAACAUCAACAUUGUUCCAGGCGCAUUCCCCACAUGAGUGGUGUGUGUGCAAAAGUGAGUGCAUGGAAAAUCAAAUUAUAAGGCUUGCAUCUUUACAGUCAGGUUUGGGAAUCGGAUUUUGCGGCUUUGGUGUGUUUCCGAGGAGAGAACCCUAAGCUAUACGGCACAGGAGAAAACGGCGCUCCAUUCAUCUUCUCCAGCCUUGUGUGACGGUGGAGAGAGGGACACACAGAGGAGAGCUAGAGGACACCCAUCCCUCGCUGGUGGUUUUUAACUGUGUUCUGCUGCUACUUUGAAGACAUGGAAAAUGCAUCUCCCCGUGGGUUUAUCUUGUGCGCUUGUGGCAAGCACAGGUACGCUUCUACUGAUUCUCAUGGCAGCUGCAUGCACUGCCUGGGCUUGGAACAUGCCAAGACAUCUGUGUCGGAACGUGGCAAGUGCCCUCACUGUGCCAAGUUUCAGCGGCGUGCAUGCCACAAGCGCCUGUCUAAGGUACGAAAGUUCCUAAACCAGAUGACUAGUGAUAAGAAGACUAUCCCUCCUGACCCUAAACCUUUAAAGCCUGUGGUGAGUACACCGGCCAAGGUCACUUUACCAACAGUGAUGAAGAAAAGCCUGCAGACAGAUGCACCCAGUCAGCCCUCCAUGGUGCUGUUCUCUUCUCUAUCCACCGCCACAUCCACACUGACACCACAAUCAUCCACAAUCCCCAUGGUGUUCACAAUUCGUUCACCUGCUUCCACGUCUUCCAUGCAACACGUGGCACCAGUCCAAGAACCAAAAAGGGAGAAUAAUACAGGGACAGAACGGCACUCCAGUAAUUCUGGCUCUAAAAGCCAUUCGCAUAGAGGCUCCCACAAGAGGAGGCACUCGUCAGAACGUCGAUCUAGACACUUUAGGCAAUCCCAGCACGCCAGGCGGUCUCAUGGACUUAGUCAUGCCCGCUCUAACUCCCCCUCCUCCUCCUAUACUUCUUAUUCCAGCUCGUCAGACUGCUUCUCCCCUAAGAAAGAGAACAGCUCCCGGCUCUUGGCCCGGUUCUCUGACAUGCUAAAGAAGCAGCGAGAGCAGCUGCUGGAUGUCAUGCACUUGCAGCUGCAAGCACUACAGCAGUCCAUGCAGGCGCAGCGUGACUCUAUGGAACAACGAGUCGAAGCCCUUGAGAAAAAGCAAAAAAAGUUCCUGUCUGCACCUUCUGUGAUGCAAACACAAUCCUUGGGCUCAACCCAGGAUACAGAUUUUGCACAUGACGAUACCUUCAGACCAGAAGCUGAGCCGACGUGCAAGGAUUGGUCAGGAUCCACUGCGUCAAUGGAUUCUGACACAAUUACUGUGAAAAUUGAGGAGGAUCCCAUUUCAAUUGUGUCUGGCUAUGAUAUUGAGGAAGAGGGGGACGAUGAAGAUAAUGGUGAUAGUGAAGAUGCUUCUCUGCUCCCGGAUGUUACCCCUUCCAUGCAAGAACUUCUUUUGGCAGAUGACUUGCAAAGCCUGAUCUGUCGUGCAGCUGAAUACCUGGGAAUUGAUUUCCCGGCAGUACCAGGAAGAUUGACAGCACCAGAUCCAACCAUGGUACCGGAGUUCGAAAACCUGGUACAGAGCACAUGGUCAAACCCAGCUUCAUCCCGACCCUUCAAGGAGGUCCAUUCUAAGAUGUACAGCUUGCAUGAAUGCCAGGCUCCUGCCUAUGACAGAAUGCCUCAGGUGAGUGGGCUCAUGUCUGCAAUCUUUCAGGCUGUGAAGCCAACAGAUAGUAAAGAGGCUCCUGUCCCUACAAAGCAGUGGCGGUUCACAGAGGCGCUUGCAGAACGAGUGUACCAAACUGCUGGAAUGCUGGCCAGGACUGCAAACUAUCUCAGGUACCUGUCAGAUUAUCAGACACGUCUGCUUGAUGAGAUCACUGGCGAAGCACCUGCACCACGCUUGCAGGCAGUCUUGAAUGAACUGAAACUUAUCGCCCAGUUCAGUCUCCAGCUGUCCUCUCAUCAGGCUGAGCUCUCUGGUAGGGCAAUGGCAUGUUCAGUAGCCAUUCGUCGACAAGUUUGGAUGGCUAACGCCAAGUAUACUGAUGCUCUGAAGGCAACUGUUGCAGACUUGCCCUUUGUAGUCGGCCACACGUUUGGGCCUCAUGUAGAUGCAGCCUUUAACGACCUGGUUUGCAAGCAGACAUUGUAAUUGCAUCAUUAGUAGAUUUAGAUUCCUGUACAGUAUUUCCCUGUUAAGGAAGUUCCAAAUGUUACUGAGUUGAGCCUCGUGUCUGAUUCUGUUUAUAUAUACAGUCACUUGUUGCCUGGGUUUCUUAAAUCCAGGCAUUUCUCCAAUCCUGUUAUAUCUACUCAUGGUAGUGUAUCUAUAGACACUGACAUAAAAAUGUGAAAAUCAGAUUAGGAGUAGGAAUGCUAAAGCAAAUAAUUUCUUAGUGUGGUUAGUCAAGUGAAAUCAGUUUCACAAUGAAUGUGUCUUAACAUAAUCUUUUGGCUUCUCUGCUGUAUAAAAUAUGUACUGUAUGUGUAACUGAUAGGGGGUGUGCCACUACUUGUACUUUCUGAGUAAUUGCCUUUAAGAAAAUUGAAGUUGUUAGGUUUAAGUAAAUUGAAUAAAACAGUGCAACCCCAAGGUUUCCCUUGUUUACACAAUUAUUGAAUACCAAUCUAUAACAAUCAGACAGUGUUAUUUAACAUAGAACCUGUUGUGAUCAAACUAACAAACUUUUAUUUAAAUUUUAUAAGCGAUUAUUUGUCUUACCUUUCUUUUAUCCUUUAGAUAUGAUUUUUUUUUUUUUUUACUUAGUUUCCUUAGAAAUUAGUCAUCUCUGCAGAAUUGUGGGAUUGUAGUCCUGGUCAAGGUGUUAUUUCUGAUAAAACUUGACAAAGGAAUACAGGUCCCAGUUUACACAGUGGUAAUGUUUAUGUGACAAAUCGGCUGCAUUUUCUGGUUUUGCCACAUAUUUUUAGUUUACAGCCUCGGUGCAGCAGUACGGCAGUAACAAUGUCAGUGUCCCAGAUGAGAUGGAAAACUCGCUUCCAGUCAGAAUUUCCAUUGAUUGGCACUGUGUUGUAAAGGUGAGGGGAGGGCAGCUAUUCUUGUUUGGAAAUCAACACAAUAAUACAUAGGUGUGUUUUGAUUGCCAAUAAAUACUUCUUAAAGGCAGUUACUCUGAAAUUACAAGUAUUGGCACACCCUACUAACUGUAUAGCUGUGGUUCCCAACAUUCCCAAUUCCUUAGUGUUUAGGUAUUUCCCCACUGACCAGAGCCAGCAUGGGCAAGACAUGCUCUAAAACCAAUGCCAGUAUUUUAGUAUUAUUAAGAGAGUUUCUGCACCACGUACUGCAAAACACAGACAAGACUAUGUCGGGUCCUGAUUUACAUUGUUUGAGGCAAUGCAUAAUCUGCAAAAUCUGUAUUCUACAUCUUUAUAAAUUACAUCUGCUAGAUGUAACAGCAUACUGUAUACGCAAGAUAACGCAAUAUUGACCUGGUAUAUUUGUGUUAUGUGGUUUGGAAACUCUAAUGUUAAAAGGCCCCAUUUUAGCAGUGUUUGCAUUAUUCUGAAUUGCUAAAUGUUUCAGAAUUACAUUGCAACCAGGAUGAUGUUAGAAGAGCUUGUUUAAGAUUAACAGGUUGUGUGUGUAAAUAGAUCCCUUUGUCUAAAGUCUUUCAAUGACCACCUCCACAUAAGUUCACAUAUAUUUGCAUACUACUGUACAGAGCAUUUGUGAGCAAUAACAAAUAAAGAACAGUUUCAGAGAACAUUUUGGACCAUGUGGUAAUACAGGUAAUGGCUUGUUAGUCUGGUAAAAAAUAUAAUAUUUUAUUUUGUUAGUGUUUAAUGUUUGCGACAGUAAUUGAUUAUAAAUGCAGUAUACUUUGCUAAAUCAAGUAAGAAUGUGAUGAAUAGUCAUAUACUCCUUCUCCACUGGCACACCCGACCCGUGAGGGCGUGGUACAGGUACGGGUACGGGUGGUUCUCCACUGGCACAUCUGACCUGUGAGGGCUCGGUACGGUACGGGUACAGGUGGUUCUCCACUGGCACAUCCGACCCGUGAGGGCUCGGUACGGGUACGGGUACGGGUGGUUCUCCAGUGGCACACCCGACCCGUGAGGGCAUGGUACAGGUACGGGUACGGGUGGUUCUCCAGUGGCACACCCGACCCGUGAGGGCUCGGUACGGUACGGGUACGGGUGGUUCUCCACUGGCACACCCGACCCGUGAGGGCUCGGUACGGUACGGGUAUGGGUGGUUCUCCACUGGCACACCCGACCCAUGAGGGCUCGGUACGGGUACGGGUGGUUCUCCACUGGCACAUCCGACCCGUGAGGGCUCGGUACGGGUACGGGUGGUUCUCCACUGGCACAUCCGACCCGUGAGGGCUCGGUACGGGUACGGGUGGUUCUCCACUGGCACAUCCGACCCGUGAGGGCUCGGUACGGGUAUGGGUGGUUCUCCACUGGCACAUCCGACCCGUGAGGGCUCGGUACGGGUACGGGUGGUUCUCCACUGGCACAUCCGACCCGUGAGGGCUCGGUACGGUACGGGUGGUUCUCCACUGGCACAUCCGACCCGUGAGGGCUCGGUACGGGUACGGGUACGGGUGGUUCUCCACUGGCACAUCCGACCCGUGAGGGCUCGGUACGGUACGGGUACGGGUGGUUCUCCACUGGCACAUCCGACCCGUGAGGGCUCGGUACGGGUACGGGUGGUUCUCCACUGGCACAUCCGACCCGUGAGGGCUCGGUACGGUACGGGUACGGGUGGUUCUCCACUGGCACAUCCGACCCGUGAGGGCUCGGUACGGGUACGGGUACGGGUGGUUCUCCACUGGCACAUCCGACCCGUGAGGGCUCGGUACGGUACGGGUACGGGUGGUUCUCCACUGGCACAUCCGACCCGUGAGGGCUCGGUACGGGUACGGGUGGUUCUCCACUGGCACAUCCGACCCGUGAGGGCUCGGUACGGGUACGGGUGGUUCUCCACUGGCACAUCCGACCCGUGAGGGCUCGGUACGGGUACUGGUGGUUCUCCACUGGCACACCCGACCCGUGAGGGCACGGUACGGGUAUGGGUGGUUCUCCACUGGCACACCCGACCCGUGAGGGCUCAGUACAGUACUGGUACUGGUGGUUCUCCACUG